GAUCUGGCAUCAGUGUCCCCGAUGUUUUGGUUGUGAGGCGGCGAAGGAGGAGCCUUGCAAUAUGGCAAUGUAUCUCUGUUGUUUCCGGCAAUUGUGUGGCACUUCACCCAGGGCGAGUGUGCCCAUUAAGACCACGCCCACUAUCAUCCUCGAUACGGGCUAUAUGGGCCAUGAAGUUGUGAUUGUAAAAAAUGGCAUCAGGAUCUGUGGCACAGGUGGGGCACUGGGUAACAUACCAAUCCUACAGAACAAAGCAUAUUUUGAAGUGAAGCUCCAGCAGUCAGGGGUGUGGGGUAUGGGAAUCGCAACAAGGAAUGCCAAUCUCAAUAAGGUUCCCCUCGGAGAAGACUCUCAAUCAUGGGUUUUAUGUUCCGAUGGCUGCGUGCGACACAAUGGUGAGGAGAAGUACAAAAUUGCUGAUAUUCCCCAGGAAGGAGAUAUUCUGGGUGUCAGUUAUGACCAUGUUGAACUAAACUUCUAUAUCAAUGGGAAACCAACCAACACCCCAGUCACAAGUUUUAAGGGUACUGUGUAUCCAGUCCUAUAUGUUGACGAUGGUGCUAUUAUGGAUGUAAUAUUCGAAAACUUUAGCCAUGGACCUCCACCAGGAUACGAUUCAAUAAUGGUUGAGAAAUCUCUAUUGGAGAAUGAUUAGUGCACUGUCUCUAUAGAACAUUAUGCUAGAUUUAUUUUCAAUGUGCUGCUGUCCAUCUGUUUUUUGGAUACGUAUGUUCUAUCCAGUGAUUCUUUGUUAUAACUACCCAUGCUUUUUGAGAAGAUUUGAUGUAGAAUAAUUGUCUUCUGUGUUUAUUUAUUCUUCUGUUUCUUCUUCUCUUUCAUAUCUGGUGAUUGAUGUGAUUAGGUACAACUAUUGAUUAGUUGUUACUUUGUUUUUGAGUCUUUCUCUACUUUUUUCUCUGUGUGUCUUCGAUUCAUUGUUGAACGUUCUAUUGUUAUGUUAGAUUUAGCAACAAGAAAAUGUGAAAUACUGUCAUUUCUAAGCAGGAAUAACUAUCUCAUAAUUUAUUUUUUCUAUGUUUUGUGUUUGUUUGUUUUUUCUCCAUCUAUGAGAUCUGAUUUUUUGGUAGCCUCUUCAUAAGCUCACCUGAUUUACAAGUACAUUGUCAAGGGAUGCCUUACUUUUGCUUAAUGAAAUCAGUAUCCAAAAUAGAAACAGGCAGUCAGAUAAGUGCUCAGCUUUAAAGUGAUUAUGGAUAUCAAAUGCGCUUCCCACUCUACACCCAGAAAUGCUUUGUACUAACACAAAUCCCUACUGACACUUUACAUACAUGCAACUCUUUGUACACCAUCUGUUCAAAAAAAAAAAAAAAAAGAGGAUGUUAAUCUCUUAACAAUUCAUUGCACGAUAAUUCUCAGUGUUAAUUUUGAGAUGCAAGAAGCUAGUCUAUUGGAACAGUUUCAUGUGACUGUCUGUGAUUGGUUUAAAGAAUAUUAGGGUGUUUGUUUUGUUGUGACUGCAAUUUUAAUUCUUAGAUUCGUUCAGGAGUUAGUGUCCAUUAUGAUCUGUUCUAUCAAAGUAUUUUUAUAUAACCGGUUUAUUAAGCAUUAUUUUGUGGCUGUGUAAUUAAUCUUUGUGCUACUAUUUGUCCGUCAAAACAACUGUAUUUAUUUCAGCUUCGUCUUUUAAAUUGGUUGAUUCUGUGCAUUAAAAUAAGAAAUUUAAAGUAAUGACAGGGUUCAUGUUCUUGAUUUAUGUUACAAUCACAGGAAUGGUGACGAUGUGUAGUCUAAAAUUAAGAAAUUUGAGGGCAUUCCUUUAUUGUUCCAGUGCUUCAGGUUAUGAAAGUGUUAAAAUGUGUUGUUUACUUUGUAUAAUUGGUUUUCUUUUUGUGAGUCCUCAUAAUUUCUGGGGUUUUUUUUCUGUUUAUAACAUUAUCUUAUUAUUUCAUUUUGUAGUUUAUUAUCAUUGCAACAAAAUUCAUAGCAUUCCCAUAUAUAGUUUUCCAGAUUAUCCAAUCAAAUAAGGUAGAGAAAACAUUUUAUUCAUCAUUAGUUUUCAAAGAUUUUCAUAUAAAAUGUUAAUGGUGUGAUAGUGAUUAAUUUAAUGGUAAGCUAAAAAUGAAGUAUCGCCAUGGUACUAAUUACUGGAAUUAUUGUUUUUACAACCAUUGAAACCUUGAUACUCAGAAGAUAAAUGUCAGGGAAUUUGUUAUUCAAGACUGUAAAUUAUUGUUUUUCUUUUCCUUCUUUUAGGACCUAUUAAAGUUUUAUGUAUGGUGUUUCCUGAUACAAGAGUGAGACAUAUAUUAGAAUAAAAGUGAAUUGAUCUUGUCAGAAGAUGUAUAAAACUUGUGCAACUUCCAUUUGUUUUGUUUUCUUCCUGUGAUAUGUCAAUGCCUCCACUUUUUCAACUUUUUCUUUGGUUCUUCUUUCUCUCCUUUCUUUUUCUCCCUUCCUUUUCUCCCUCUCUGUCUCCUAAUCAUCAGCAGCACCAUCAUUAUCAUCAUCUUCAUCUUUCUUCUCUUCCUCCUUCCUCCUUUUUUAUAUUCCCUUGUAAGUUUUAAUGCUUUUCCAGAAAGUGAAUGCUAAGUUGUAGCCAUUCUUUUAUCUUUGAAGAUGAUUUACAUAAGUGAUUCUUUUCUUAAGAGUAAAAAAAGGAUGAGGGAAUUCAAAAGAAAGUUUAUGACAAUUGAAAUUUACACAUAAAAUUCUCUUUUAAUUUUGUGUUACAAGUUUCAUUUAGUAGAAACACUUUUCCAAAAAAAAUAGAGAAAUUCCAGUGUUUAAAAUUUUGUAUCUCCCGCUUGUCUGUUACUACCCAAAGUUUAAUUCAUUCCCCUGUGAUAAUGAAUGCUCUCUGACUUUCUCCAUGUGAACAGUGAGGAAAACUUGAUUCCUGUGGAUGUGGGCCUGCCAGUAUCAUGUAACAAGUGAUUCCAUGGGUGGUAUACCUUGAAAGGCAAAGUGUCGGGUAGAGAAGUAGAAUUUUAUGUGAAAUAGGUGUUGGAGUGUUGUAGUAUUUUCUUCAAUUAGUGUGCUUAAAUGAUUGUUACUUACAAAAUAUGAAGAGUUCAUUUUAGGAUUAACAGAUGGCAUUCUCUGUUAAUCUUUAAAGCAAGUAAGGGUUUUCACAAAGGUUUUCACAAAGGCAGUGUUGACUAUUACAUGAUUUUAGAUAAGCUGUGGAAAGGGUAGUUCUUGAUGUUACUAAUAUUGUAAUAAUCUAUAUGUUGUUGAUAUUGAUGCAAGUUUCAUAUAUAAAGUUUAGAAGAAAUAUAUUUGUUUAACUAAUUGAAGAUUCUUAGGGGUUUAUUCUAACAUUCCUACUCAGUUGUUUAUGGAAUUUGUAAAAAAAAAAAUAUAUCUUCCCCUUAAUAAGGCAACAUAUUAAAUAGUGACAGAAAGUUCUUUUGUGAUUUAUUUUGUUUAGUAUUUGAAUAUUAAAGAAAAAAUAAUUCCCAUACUAUUGGUAACUACUAAAUAAACCAAUAUAUUUUGUUAAAAUUAUAUUACUCUUCACUUAUUUUAUAUUACAGAACAAAUAAAUAUAAAUAUGAAGUGUUUAGGGAUGGGUUCGUAACUGAGUCUAAAAUAACUCUAUCACACAGUGCUUAACAUGAUAAGAAUUGUGUUAAAAUGUACCGUUGCAUUUAUUAUUAUUAUUAUUAUAUUAAUAUUAUUCAUAUUCAUAAUAUUAUUAUUAUUAUUAUUAUUAUUAUUAUUACUAUUAUUAUUAUUAUUACUAUUAUUAUUACUAUUACUAUUAUUAUUAAUUAUUAAUAUUAUUCCAUGGGUCACCAAAGAAUGUUUAAUUUCUGUAAAUAUUGAUUAGAGAAGAGUCUCCUAAGGUUAUAUAUACUAAUUAGGCAGCACAUGUGAAAGUUUUUGUUGGAUUUGCAUGAUUUUGUCUAGCAGUCUAUCAAGAAAUUAAAGACAAAUGAUUUGGUUUAUGCCAUUAUGCAAAUUAAAGAUAAUAUAUGUAAUUUAUCCAUGUUUAGUAAAAUUAAUAUAAACCUUCUUCACUGCAUCACCAAAGAUACUGGAAAAUACUAUAAAAAAUUGUGUGUACCGGGCAGUUAUAUUACAAGUGUCUAUGGCUGAGUUAUCUUAUUCUCUGAGACUGAGGUAGAUCUCUUUUAUAUAUUUUGUAAAUGUAGUUAAUCUUCAUAGCUGUGAAUAUAGAUUAUCAGGUAGGAUACAGUCAAUUAAACCUUAUACCAUAUUAAUCAAUUCAGAUGCAUUAUUUAUUUCUCAUGAUGAGUAUGUAAUAGGAAUUAUAGAUUUAGGUAUGUGCAUGUACUAUUUCAAAGCAGUUGCAUGUGAUAACAGCAUACUAAACAGAUGUGAAUUACCAGAUAAAAUUAUUACUACAAUAUAUAUUUGUCAUAGUGUUCAAUAUAAAUGAUUCAAGCAACAUAUAUAACAGCUUUCAUCACAAAGCGAAUAUGUAAAAAGAAAAAGAAAAAAAAAAAAUAGCCAUUAUCAUACUGUCCACACACUGACCAUUCAAUUUGUAUUAAUUAAUAAUCCAAGAACAAUAAAUUUAUAUUACUA